ACAACAACAACGAUGUCUAAUGCAAUUACAGCUCAUCGCCAACACCGACGACAACACCAAUUGAUAUCUCGCGGACCAGUUUUGUCCAUAAAAAGUGCGCUCAGAGAAGAUGCCGGAGAAUAUGACUGCGAGGCCACCAAUACUGAGGGCUCCACUAAAACCACAAUUCUGGAGAAUCGGUUCAACUCUCAUGUCUUUGUGUCGCAAAUCCAAUGA